AUGUUUGGUAGAACGCCGAAGAAGAGCGAUAACACGAAGUACUACGAGGUCCUCGGGGUCUCGAAGAACGCGUCGCAGGAUGAUCUGAAGAAGGCCUACAGGAAAGCUGCGAUCAAGAAUCAUCCCGACAAAGGAGGCGACCCUGAGAAGUUUAAGGAGUUGGCCCAGGCUUAUGAGGUGCUAAGUGACCCUGAGAAGCGUGAGAUAUAUGAUCAAUAUGGCGAGGAUGCUCUCAAGGAAGGAAUGGGUGGCGGAGGUGGCGGCCAUGACCCGUUUGACAUCUUCCAAUCCUUUUUUGGUGGAAGUCCUUUCGGAGGAGGUGGAAGCAGCCGGGGACGCAGGCAGAGAAGGGGAGAGGAUGUGAUCCAUCCACUGAAAGUCUCUCUAGAAGACCUUUACAAUGGAAUCUCAAAGAAGCUCUCUCUUUCUAGAAACGUCAUCUGCUCAAAAUGCAAGGGUAAAGGGUCCAAAUCUGGUGCUUCAAUGAAAUGCUCAGGCUGCCAGGGAUCUGGCAUGAAAGUCUCUAUUCGUCAGUUGGGUCCUUCCAUGAUCCAGCAGAUGCAGCAUCCUUGCAAUGAAUGCAAGGGUACUGGGGAGACAAUUAAUGACAAAGACAGAUGCCCACAAUGCAAGGGAGAGAAAGUUGUGCAGGAGAAAAAAGUAUUGGAGGUGGUGGUGGAAAAAGGGAUGCAAAAUGGCCAAAAAAUCACCUUCCCUGGAGAAGCAGAUGAAGCUCCUGAUUGUAUCACAGGUGACAUUGUAUUUGUGCUUCAGCAAAAGGAGCAUCCCAAGUUCAAGAGAAAAGGCGAUGAUAUCUUCUAUGAACAUACUCUUUCUCUUACUGAGGCUCUUUGUGGCUUCCAUUUUGUGCUGACCCAUCUUGAUAACAGGCAGCUGCUCAUUAAGUCUAACCCUGGCGAGGUCGUCAAGCCUGAUCAAUUCAAGGCCAUUAAUGAUGAAGGAAUGCCCAUGUACCAAAGACCCUUCAUGAGAGGGAAACUCUACAUCCACUUCACAGUCGACUUCCCGGAGUCUCUCUCCCCCGAACAGUGCAAGGCUCUAGAGGGCGUGCUUCCUCCUAGAACAGCAUCACAGCUUACUGACAUGGAGCUCGAUGAAUGUGAGGAGACCACAAUGCACGAUGUCAACAUUGAAGAGGAGAUGAGGAGGAAGCAGGCUCAGGCUCAGGAAGCUUACGACGAGGAUGAGGAUACUCACGGCGGUGCCCAGAGGGUGCAGUGUGCUCAACAGUAGGCUCGGAAAGUGAUUGAUCCCUGCUGUUUUUAUCGAUUUGAGUUUCAGUUUGUUGCUAGACUCUUUCUUCCUUCUUGCUUGAGGGUUAAGUUCAUCAUGCACGACCUCGGAUACGCUAUUACUUGGAUGUACGGACCUUGGUACUUUCGAUUUGUUUUGCCUAAUCAUAAUGAUCAAAUUUAGGUCGUAUUUUCAACAAACAAAAA